CUAUUUUUGCUGCAGUGAACGGUAGCUGUGGAGAGAUAGAUACACAAACAGAGUGAGAAAGAGAAAGAGCGAAAACGCAAGAAAAAAAAAGGAGUCAGAAAAGGUACCUAAAGGGAUUUAAAAAAAAAAAAAAAAAGAAAGCAAAAAAAAAAAAAAAAGUCGAUGAGAGCAGAUUGGUAGAAGUCUCCGGACAAGACGCAGCUGCGCAUCAAGGGGAGACCUAACUGGGGACCUUACUGGAGACCAGACGAAAACACGAGUCCGGAGGCGAAAUAACGGUGACACUCCAGAGCUUCUCUGCCCUUCCUGAGCGGAUCUGAGCCCAAACCAUGGCCUUCAACGCAGCCCUCUCUGCUUUAUGGAGUUUCAGCUUAUUGGCGACACUGUUCACAGCUGCGGUUCACAGCAACAUCGCCAGUGAUGAUGAUCGCUUGCAGCCUGUGACCUCAGACGAGACGGUUUCCGUCGGGGGCACCGUGACACUGACCUGCAGAGUGGCGGAGACCGACAAUUCCUCACUGCAAUGGUCCAACACGGCGCAGCAGACACUCUACUUUGGAGAAAAGAGAGCGCUGAGAGAUAACCGCAUCCAGCUGCACCGCUCCACACCAACAGAACUCUCCAUCAACAUCACUGACGUGGAGCUGUCCGACGAGGGCGAGUACACCUGCUCCAUCUUCACCAUGCCCGUCCGCACUGCUCGCGCCACCGUCACCGUGCUAGGCGUGCCCGAUGACCCUCAGAUCUCCGGCUCUGACGAUCCAGUGAAGGAGGGAGAAACCGUCACCCUGACCUGCACCAGCACUGGCAGCAAGCCCCCCGCCAGGUUGCGUUGGUACAAAGGAGACCAGGAGGUGCAAGGGCACCCCGACGUGGUGGAGUCCAUCCCAGACGACCCCACGUACAGCGUGCGCAGUGAGCUCACCCUGGAGGUGAGCGCCAGCGACGACCAGGCCCUCAUCACCUGCGCCGUGGACCACCCCUCCCUCACCCCGGGGGACAAGAGGGGCGAGCACGUCCUACGGGUGCUGUAUUCCCCUAAUGUACAGAUCCAGCCUGAAAAAGGUCUGCCGAUAGAAGGACAGAGAUUUUCUCUCCAGUGUUUGGGCAAAGGCAACCCUGACCCUGACAGCUACCUCUGGGUGAGGAAGGAUGGAGAGCUCCCCCUACUGGCCAAGCCCGACGGCGCCCUGCUCUACUUCUCUGCCCUCAACAAAACAGACAACGGUGUGUACCUGUGCACGGCGGACAACGGCAUCGGGAAGAACCAGGGGGAGUACACUCUCCAGGUGCAAGAUCUUCCCGACCCAGACUCCCCAGACGCCACUUUCCCCUCGCUUGGUUCUUUCCCGCCGUCCCCAUCCUUCUCCUCCUCUCCCCCCCCCGAGCUCUUCUACGGCUCGGGCUCCGACUCCAGCGACUUCCUCUUCACCUCCGACUCCUCCUCUUCCCCGGCCGUCACCCCCACCACCGCCCUCUCCAACGCCCUGUUCCCCGACAUGCCAUUCGCUCCCGACUCCCCCCCCGCCAGCGCCACCCCCCCGCUCCCCUCCAUCACACCCUCAGUUUCCGUCCGGCUGAAUGGAGUUUACACUUUCACAGAUGCUGCAGACAACAUCACAGACCCCACAGCCAUGUCGACAUCUUCGGGGGUGGACCACGCCGUGAUCGGAGGGGUGGUGGCCGUCAUCGUCUUCAUCCUGCUCUGCCUCCUUAUCGUCCUCGGCAGAUACCUCAUCAGACACAAAGGAACGUAUCUGACCCACGAGGCCAAGGGCUCGGAUGACGCCCCCGAUGCCGACACGGCUAUCAUCAACGCGGAGGGCGGCCACUCUGGAGCAGAGGACAAGAAGGAAUACUUCAUCUAGACAGGGGACAGAGUGGUGGGGGGAAGAGGAGUGGAGUGGAGUGGAGUGAAGGAAAAAAACAACGUCCAUUUGUUUUCACAGCGCUUCAGUUCUUCACUCUGUUGGAGGGAAAGUGGGAGGGGAAGGGAGGGAAAAGACUGUUGGUGGGAUAAAGGGAUGAGCUUAAGUUCAACUACCCUCUUUGCAUUGUUACAGGGAAGUGAGACUUUGCACUGACAUUCAGAUGAACUGAAUCUCCACACUCAAACAAACAAACGUACAUAAAUGAGCAAGUUUGGGGCAAAUCAGUUUUCGCGCAGACUUGAAUGCUUGUAGAUGCUCAGAUUAACAAACGCAAGCUUCCCACUAACACGUCUCUAUUCUGACACAUUAACCGAUGUUCACACAGGCGUCCUAUUUCUCGCUGUCGACGCAGCGGAAAAGUUAAAUUGUAAGUCACGAUUUCAACAUCUUCAGCUGAUAUUUUCACUUCUCAACCUGUCUCCUCAACGUUUCAACCAGCCCAGGUUUGUCCUCUCACAUUUGUGUCCCCAUUCUCUCCGUCAAAACCAGGCUCAACCCCCCUUGCAAACAUCCUUGUGACAGAGAAAUCCAUCUCAACCAAAUUUGUACCAUCCAUCCAUCCAUCUUCAUCCGCUUAUCCGGGACGCGGUCGCAGGGCAGCAGUCUGAGCAGAGAUGCUCAGACUUCCUCCAGCUCUUCGGGGGGAUGGGGAUUAUGAGGUGUCCCCAGGCCAGCCGAGAGACAUAGUCCCCAGGGUUUUCCUCCCGGUGGGACUUGCCUGGAACACCUCCCUAGGGAGGCGUCCAGGGGGCAUCUGUAUCGGAUGCCCAAGCCACCUCAGCUGACUCCUCUCAAUGUGAAGGAGUAGCGGCUCGACUCCGAGCUCCUCCCGGGUGACCGAACUCCUCACCCUAUCUCUAAGGGAGCGUCCAGCCACCCUGCGGAGGAAACUCAUCUCGGCCGCUUGUAUCUGCGAUCUUAUCCUUUCGGUCAUCACCCAAAGUUCAUGAUCAUAGGUGAGGGUAGGUGCGUAGAUUGACCGGUAAAUCGAGAACUUUGCCUUUAGACUCAGCUCUUUCUUCAGCACGACGGUCCGGUACACCGACCGCAUAACUGCGGACGCUGCACCGAUCCGUCUGUCAAUCUCACGCUCCAUCGUUCCCUCACUCGUGAACAAGACCCCGAGAUACUUGAACUCCUCCACCUGAGGCAGGACUUCUCCACCCACCCGGAGAAGGCAUGCCACCCCUGGUGGAGAACACAUGGCCUCGGUGCUAAUUUUCAUCCCUGCCGCGUUGCACCUCGCUUCAAACCGCCCCAGCACAUGCUGAGGGUCCUGGUCUGAUGAAGCCAACAGGACAACAUCAUCUGUAAAAAGCAGUGAUGAAAUUCCUUGGUUCCCAAACUGGAUCCUCUCUGGACCCUGGCUACGCCUACAAAUCCUGCCCAUAAAGAUUAUGAACAGGACCGGUGACAAAGGGCAGCCCUGCCGGAGUCCAACAUGCACUGGGAACAAGUCUGACCUACUACUGUAGAGAGCCCCGGACCCCAUACUUGCGGCGCAUCCCCUAGUCGAAUCCCUUCUCCCGAUCCAUAAAACACAUGUGGACUGGUUGGGCAAACUCCCAUAAAUCCUCAAGCACCCUGCGGAGGGUAUAGAGCUGGUCCAGUGUUCCACGACCGGGAUGAAAACCGCGUUUUUCUUCCUGGAUCCGAGGUUCAACCAUCGGCCGAAUUCUCCUCUCCAGUACCUCCCGGGGGAGGCUGAGAAAUGUGAUCCCCCUAUAUUAGUAACACAUCCUCCGGCCCCCCUUUUUCUUUCUUUUUUAAUCUCUAUCGGCAAAUAUAAUUUCCUCCCAUCAUGCCAUCUAACUACUCCCUUUGUCCUCACAAAAACCUUUUUUUUCCCCAGUGCACCAACACAAAUCAUACAAUACUUGUGCAAACAUCGCAUUUCCAUCUUGAGUUAACAAGCCGAGUGGCUCCAGUAUACAUAUAUAAAUAUAUAUAUAUAUAUAUAAAUAUAUAUAGAAUUAUAUAGCAUUCUUUUUACUUGACAGAAAAUUUUCGGUGUGCUGUAAAUACACUCUCUGUCUUGUUUCUACCUUCUGUCUCUCCUACUUCUAUCUCUUCUCUCUCAUACACUGUUACUGCAUUACAGUAACUUAUAUACUCAAAAAAAAAGCCUGCCUGUUUUCAUUACGUGCGUGGAAAUGCAGAGUCGAAAAUAUCAAUAUCUGGGGAAAAAACUGUACAAAUAACUAUGAUGUUGCGAUGAAAACUAACCUUAACUGCAAAUAUUUGUAUGACGAAUGUUUUCCUUCGAUUUUUAUUUAAAUUGCCCUUUUAUUUGAUUUUGGUUCAUUUUUUGGGGAACUUGGAGAGUUUUUUCUCACGUCUCGCUGUGUUUCUGUCAGUGUUAAUGGUUGUCUGUUGGUUUAUCAGUUGAGGAGUCCAAAAAUCUGAUGCCCUACUUGUGUUUUGAGUUUGAGGUUUUCGAUUUACUUCUUUCCCAUUUUUACAUUUUUGCUGAAUUCAGUGUUGCCAGUCUCUCCUCUCUCCGUCGGCCCUCUGCUCCAAAACACUCGUCUAUAGCAAAAACCUCAGCUGAACAAGGCUUCGGAAAGGUGUCUGAGAGUUUGAUGGAGCUCCUCUGGAGUGCUGCUGCCUGGUGCUUGUGUUUUAUGUGGUGUUCCCUCCACUUGGCCCUGCUGGUCCUGACUCUCACCUUCACCAUCUUUCUCCCUGCAACCGACUGCUUGUCUUGGCGAGGCCGCCCGGCAUUAAAUUCAUUGGGUUGUGACAUCAUGUACUUCCUCCAGAAAGCUGCCUUGAGGAGGAGAAAACUUUUUUUUUUCCUUUUUUUCCCUCCAGGGACAAACAGGACUGCCAACAUCCACUAUGACAAACUUCCCAGCGAAGAGAAGGAAAGAAAACAAUCCUUCCAUUAUGGCUUUUUUUGUGUGUCGUUACAAGCAGGACUCUUUCAUCGGCUUAACAAAGGGUUCCCAUAAAUGAACAGUGUUUUAUUAAGGUUGGGAGUUCGCCUUGGCAGUGGCAAACUCCACUUGGCCCGGUCAAAGAAAUUGAUUGCAAUCUAACUAAGAGGUUCUGGACUGCAGACUGUACACAUGCCAAGGUCUAGUUUGUCAGGCAGGGUGCCGAGCGCGAGUCUGAGCUGCAAUAACACUGAAGAAAGUCAUUUAGGGACUUACGCGUCCUCUUCCCUUUUUCUCCCUCUGCUUCACGUCCAUUUCUUUUCAUAGUUUAAUCAAUCAGCCGGUCUGCGUCCUGAUCCACCUUCACCCCGUCUCUCCUCCUCUCAUCACUCCUUUCCUGCCUCCAUCUCCGAUCGAUGUCCGACUCCCCCCGCCGGUCUUUGUUCUUUCAGGAGCUCGUGUAGACGUGCCGUAGCAGUAGCGCCUCUAGAUGUAUGCUGACUGAUCUCUGCAGAUCUGUGGGAGUGCUUCGGAGACGAUUCCCUUUGCUGUUGUCAGUCAACCUAUAGACAGUGAUCUCUGUGAUAGUUUUUGUACACCUUUCAUGGGAAUGUUCAGGGACUGUUUUUUUUUUUCUGUACCUUUCACAGCUUUGUUGUUAACUUCUGCCCAGCAGGCUGCUUUGAAAGCAAACAUGUCAGCUUGCUUUCAGAUAUUUUACACAUACUGUAAUGGGUGAUGGCUCCUGAAAAGGUCAUCUUUUUAUUUAUUUUCUUUUUCUUUUUCCACCUCGAGAGCUGGGGCUUGAAGAAUUUGGUGGUUAGUUUAUUGCUGAUGGUGAUUUUAACGGUGCACGUGAGCGGUGGAGUCGCCUCACGGCAAAGAUGGUGCUGGAAACCAUGCUGGUCAGUAGAGGCCUUUCUGUCCGGAGUUUGCAUUUUCUCACUUCACCACGACCCCCGACAGGUUGAAGUAGGCUUAGCUGCCAGAAGGGUUUUCUUUGAUAUGCACUGGAUAUUUUCAAAUAAAAGGAAGAUUUCCCCUCUUAUGUCUGCAGACCAGAGGACUUAGCUUUGUCUCGGAGAGCGAGUCACUUCACUUCAAAGAUGUUAGCAACGAACUGUAUUUAGCCUCCGUCAAACUACCUUGUGAAUGGAGAAAAGGAAUACUUGCCUCAUACUCAACAAAGUGUAAUGUCUUUUCAGAACUAAUGGACCUGUAUUUGCCUGUAAUUUAUCGUCCUGUCUUUCGUCUUACUUGAUGUGCUAGCAUGUAGCUUGCAUGAGAAAUGGUUGGAAACUGUAGAUAGUUUGGGCGACGAGAAGUGCUGACGAGCUUCUCUCCCGGGACGAGAGCGGCGGUCUGCCCGGCCGGCCGGCCUCCCUGCUGUCUUCUGAUCUGCAAACAUAGACUGUGCCCCAGUUAGAUCCAUCUGUACCUCCUCAACACACACACUCACACACACACACACACACACACACAUAAGACCACCCAACCAAGUAGGACUCAUUCUGCUUUUUCCGACUUCAUGAAAAACCCCACCAACACUCGGUGGCGUCUCAGUAUGUCCCAUCACAUCCGUGCAGUAAUGACCAACAGUCACCAGGUGCCAGCAAACAACAGCUUUUCUCCUCCGUCUUCACUCCGCCGGAGCUGAACUGCCCCUCCGCCUGACUUGCCAACUCCUCUUCAGGCAGUCACCACUAGCUGCCGCUCAUGUCUUUUCUUUUUUUUUUUUCUCUCUUUUUGUAGAAUAUUUUAUUUUUAAAUUAUGUUUUUGUUUUUUAAGCUGUGCAUAAUCUUCAGUUGUUACUUUCAGCGAUAAUCAUCGUCUUUUCUAAAUAGAUUCUCUGAAACUUGAAUGUUAGAAAUUUAGUUUUCCAUGUUUUAUUGUUUCAACAACCAUUUUAAUAUAUUUUCGUGUAUAUAGUAUUGCCUUUACCGAGAAAAAACAAACAAACAAACAAAAAAAAAAAAACCUAACAACUCUUACAUGCUCACUCAUACACACUUGGGGUACAUGCACAUCCACACACAUAUUCGGAUAUGCACAGCAGGCAUGACGUGCGUGACUAUGGUGUAUUUGUACGUAUGUGUGGGUAUGUGUGUGAAGUGUGCAGUGUGUAUUAAAUGACCCAAACAGACUCCAGAGACACUUUUAAUGUGUGUUGUAUACACAAAAAUGUUCAUUUUUCGAUGACUUAGAAAAAAGAAAGAAAAAAAAAUCUUAUUUGUUUUUUUAUUAAUUUUUUGGAUGACAAGUCUUCCUUUAGAGUAAAAUCCAUAUCACAUGGGAAUAGUUCUGUCAUGUAUGUUUAUUUGUACUAUGAUGGAUGAUGUCAUGCGAGACCCGGCCAUGACAGUGGUGGGUUUUGCGUCUGUUGGUUAUGUUCAUAAAGUGUUUUGUUUUGGUUUUGUUUUUUUUUUCCCCUUUUUUCUUUUUUGUUAGAAUACCAGUUCAGUUGUUGACUUCAAUAAACAUGCAUUUGGGUUAA